AUGGAGCAUAACCUACGCACCGCAGGUGCGAUCGCGCCGGAGACUCUGGGGAAGCUCGGCAUGAGACCAGCCGAGACUGCUCUUCCGUGCUUCAAGACCGGGGCAAUACCACCUGCAGGAACAUGCGCCGACUGGGCGGACCCCUACACUCUCUUCGUGCUGGAGACGGCGCUCAUGGGGUUUGCGGAGCACAGGAGGUUCCAGGACUGGGCAAAGCCGGGCACCAUGGGGAAGCAGUACUUCUUAGGGCUGGAGAAGGGGCUGGGUGGGUCAGGAGACCCUGCUUACCCUGGAGGACCUUUCUUCAACCCUCUUGGCUUUGGGAAGGAUGACAAGUCACUCAAGGACUUGAAGCUGAAGGAGGUGAAGAAUGGGACGCUGGCUAUGUUGGCCAUACUGGGGAACUCUGGGCAGGGGGGGUUUGUCACCGGGGUUGGGCCAUCUCACAACCUGUUGGGUCACUUGGCUGAUCCAGUGCACAACAACAUCCUGACCAGCCUCUACUUCCACUAGGAGGAGGUCCUCUCUGCUGGUAGAAUUCUGUAUCUGAACAUUACCUGCACAGAAUUCUUUAUCUUGUGUCUUUCAGCGGACACUUGUCGUUAGCAUCAUCCUGCAAUGGACUGACUGUAUCAUUGUUCGAUAGAGAUCCGAGGGUGCAAGUCAUAUUCUACUAUCAUGUAGCAGUACCAGUCAUGUUUGUGGAAAUUUCAUCUGUGAAAAAACCUUUUGU